AUGCGAGCGCUGAGGGCCACCAUGAACUGGCAAAGAAGCUGGGAGGUGGUGAUUGAUGUGAGGGGAUUCUGGGUUGGUCACGAUCAUGGGGCUGAAGAUACUGAAAAGUUCGCCUUGGUGUGUGAGCCAACUUGCGCCUUCUCCCAGGGAAGCGGCACUCGUGUUAGCAUGUCGAAUCCAAGCAUUCCCAGUGCACUGCGACCGCUGGGUCUUGGCCAUCGCUUCAUCCAGAGAGGUCAUCAGUUUGGACACGCCCCCCCACGCUCUCAAGGGCAGUCCUUGUGGAAGAGGAUAGAUGGGUUGGCGUGGGCCUGGUUCGCUGGCAGGCCAUUUGCCUGUGGCCGUUUCCUUUCAAACCAGAAGCGGAGGGUCUGA